GUUCCAGCUUUGCUCGGGGCAAGCGAUGGAGUGAUUGCUCCGCCACUUCGGCUCGUAAAUGGCCGGUGUGUAGCACCGACUUUGAGUCAUCCAUCCGGCCACACUAGCCUCAGGCAGUGAAUAUAUGUGCUCGCAACUAACCUCUCACCUUGACCACCACACCACAGCUUGAUCUUCUCGCCUACAUUACAGGUCGGUCUGCAGGCGACACGCCCUUUCGAGCCCGCCUUCGCAACCCUACGUGAAGCUCUCGAGACACCCGACCUUGGAAUACUGGACUCGAGACCAACCCGUUGCGCCACUAUGUCGGCUACCACCGCUCCCCUUCCGGAGCAGAGCACCGACCCGUCGAGAGACGGCCAGAGGCGUCGCCGCCCCAGGCAUAGGAAUCGGCAAGGACACGCAAGUCAGGAGCACGAGCAGGAGCAGACUCCGUCGGAGCAGCCACCACCGCAGCGAGGCGGCCGGAGUGGGCGAGGACGAGCUCGCGGGCAAGCACCAAGCCGCGCUGUGGAUAAUGGAGCGGGAGUUACUUCAGCUCCCCCGGCGCAGCCGCGGAGAGGACGAGGGGGUGCCCACAAUCAGCUGAGGUUUCCACAGCGGACAGCUGGCGGCAGACAGUUCGGUGGGCAGUUGAGUGUUGAAGAUGCGGCGUCGACAUCCGCUCCAGAGUCCCACUUGCAGGCCGAUGCCCCCGAAUUUCAACCUGGCCGACCGAUCCUUCCUCGACAAUCAAGACCGCCCCGACAAAAGAAGCCCCAAGUCCCGAAAUCCACUGCCCCUGACAUAGCCACGAGGACUCAUGAAGACAUCGAUAAUGGCCACUACGAGUGUGCUAUUUGCACAGAAGAAGUCAGGAGAACAUCUAGAGGGGUCUGGUCCUGCAGGACUUGCUGGACCGUCUUCCACCUGGGCUGUAUCAAGAAGUGGUCGACUAAUGAGGGUUCGGCAGCUGCUCGGCAACAAGCGCCCGAUGGCGAGCUGCCGCCACCGCGGCAAUGGCGCUGUCCCGGAUGCAAUCUGCCCAAGGACGAAUUGCCGAAAUCCUUCGCCUGCUGGUGCGAGAAGGAGCUCGAACCCAAGUCACUUCCAGGCCUUCCCCCUUUCUCAUGCGGACAGACAUGCGCUCGGCCACGAACUCUACCCAAGAAAUGCCCCCACCCCUGCCCGGUGACCUGCCAUGCCGGCCCCUGUCCGCCCUGUACCCAGAUGGGCCCUACUCAGCAUUGCUUCUGUGGAAAGAAAGUCGUCACUCGCCGGUGUGUGGAUACAGACUAUGAGCACGGUUGGAGUUGUGGCGACAUCUGUGGCCACACCAUGCCUUGCGGAGAGCACUGCUGCCCCCGUCCAUGCCACGAAGGACUGUGCGGAGCCUGUGAGGUCCGUAUACCGGCUCGAUGCUACUGUGGCCAGGUGGACAAGGACAUAUUAUGCUGCGAUCGAGGGGACGAGCGCAGCAGCAGCCAGUCACACAUUGCGGAAGACGGCUCUACCACCGUUGAACACUGGACAGGCCUUUUCCAAUGCCCUAACGCUUGUGCACGGAAAUUUGACUGCGGAAUACACGCUUGCAAAAACCAAUGUCACCCACAAGAUGCCAAGCCAGCUCACUGUCCCCGAUCCCCCGAUGUUGUCUCCCACUGUCCGUGCGGGAAGACUCCCUUGAAUGAGAUCUCGAAUGCCGUCCGGUUUACCUGCGAGGAUCCCAUUCCGAAUUGUUCGAAAGCUUGCAGAAAACUGCUUGACUGCGGCCAUGAGUGUCAGCAGCCAUGCCACCAGGGCGAUUGUCCGCCUUGCUUGCGCAUUGUAUCUAUUGCAUGUCGAUGCGGGCGCACUACGUCUACAACCGUUUGUCAUCAGGGAACAGAAGAACCUCCUCAGUGUAUGCGGAUAUGCCGUGUCUCUCUCAAUUGUGGCCGACAUGAAUGUGGCGAGCGCUGUUGCCCUGGCGAGCGGAAGGCAGCGGAGCGGCAAUCGCAGCGACGUAAACCCCGACCGCUCGACUCUGCCCGACACCAGCCCGAAGAAGGUUUCGAAGCCGAGCACAUCUGUACGCGGCCAUGUGGUCGCCAGCUUAGGUGCGGUAACCCCGGUCACCGCUGUCAGGAAUUGUGCCACAAGGGUCCCUGUGGAACAUGUCGGGACGCCAUCUUCGAGGAGAUCAGCUGUCAUUGUGGACGGACCGUUCUCCAACCCCCACUACCCUGUGGUACGAAACCUCCACCAUGCCGUUUCCAGUGCGAGCGACCAAAGGAUUGUGGUCACCCUCAGGUUGCCCACACCUGCCAUGGAGACGACGAAGACUGCCCGAAAUGCCCGUUCCUAACGACUAAAUCUUGUCUGUGCGGCAAGAAUACGCUCAAGAAUCAGCCAUGCUGGCUAACAGAAGUCCGAUGCGCAGAAACUUGCGGCCGUAGACUAAAAUGUGGUGCACAUUAUUGUCAGAAGCAGUGUCAUCGCCCUGGCGAGUGCGCUGAGCCGUGUAGGCAGCCCUGUGGGAAGGACUUGAGUGUCUGUGGCCACCCGUGCAUGGCUCCGUGCCAUUCUCCGGUACCUUGCAAGGAAGACAAGCCUUGCCAGCACAAAAUCCUCGUUACCUGUGACUGCCAGAGGAUCAAGCAAGAAGCGAGGUGUCUUGCAUCAAAGAACGGUGAAGGUAACCUCAAGAAGACACUGAAAUGCGACGACGAGUGUGCCCGCCUUGAGAGGAACCGCAAACUCGCAUUGGCGCUUAACGUUGACCCUGAGCAUCAGAGCGACCAUGUCCCAUACGGCGCCGACACGCUCAACAUGUAUCAACAAAACUCUACCUGGGCGGCGGCUCAAGAGAAGGAGCUGAGACUGUUCGCAGCCAAACCCGAGGAAAAGCGCUUACGCUUCAAGCCGAUGCCGCGGCACCAACGAGCUUUCCUACAUUCCAUUGCAGAAGACUUCGGUUUUGACUCCGAGAGCAUGGACCCCGAACCUCAUCGACACGUUGCAAUAUUCAAGACUCCCCGAUUCGUGAUGGCGCCGAUGAAAACGCUGGCUGAGUGCGUGAGGAUCCGACAGGUUCAGCGAGCUACAGCAGCACCAGCAGCCGCUACAAUGCUCAUGUCGCGUCCGAGACCAAGCAACAUCGCCGGAGAUCCAUACAACGCUUUCCUAAUCACCAACCCCCGUUUUGCCCUAACCGUCGAAGACGUGAGCUCUAUCCUCAAGAGCGUCCUACCGAAGACUUCAUGUCCACUAGAGCUUGAAAUUAAUUUCCUACCCACGGAGGAGGUGGCUCUUAAACCCCCGAUUGCUGCGCGGGUCAACCUGCCUGAACGCGAGGUACAAGCUAUGCUGGAGUCCAUCAAGCCCGCCUUAUCCCAGGCAAUAUCUUCACAUAAGAUCGGCAAGCUUCAGCUUGCUAGACUUGACUCCUCCUUGAACGUCUUGCGUAAGGAGUCGGACUCCUUAGGGGCCGGCUGGAGCCAGGUAGCCGCCAAAGGAGCUCCGGUGCGCCAUGUCGAAAAGAGCGCCCCGGUCGGCCAUAAGGGCGGGUUUGCUGUCUUGAGCCUGAGCAGCACCAGGAAGAAGAAGGAGAAGCCUGCAGAGGUGGUAGAGGAUUGGGAAGCGGCGGAGGAAAUCGAGGAAGAGAAGGAGAAGGCCAGUGGCGCUAACAGCGGGGUUGUCUCCGAAGAUGAGGGAUUGUCUCGCCCCCAGAGCAGCGUGUUCGGAGUGGAUGGUGCGUCAGAGGCUGUCGAUGCGGCGAAGGACUGAGCUUCGAUACCCCGCUGAAGGCCUUCUCGUCAACUUAUCCGCCGUAGACGUAAAAACCGCUCCGGCUUAUGAGGUAGGUAGCAUAGCCCUGGUACUUGAAUAGUGUCAAAAUUAGAGUUAUCCCUCUGCGUCUGCAUCUGCAUACAUGUCUUUUCCAUUUGUGAUGUAAUGUUGCUAGCUGGGAAAUUAGGGACUUCCUUGACUGCCUUGCUAGAUCGAAUCGGCCGAGAAGGAAUGGUAUUGGGUUGAAGCAUGUACAUGGCAGACUGAUAUUCAUGUGGG